GCCUGGAACGCCCAAUGGCAAGGCACUGUUGUUGGUUUGCGUCGCCAGCCAAUGCAGGCUCAGCGCGGGACUUUCAAACUCCUUCAGCCCAAUCAGGGUGCUUCUGCGUCUAUAAAGGCUACCGGCUGGCGUGCAGUUCUCAGUCGUGUUCCAGCACAGGAGAAGCUUAGUUCUUCCUCGCUCGCAAUGGCCCGUACCAAGCAGACCGCCCGUAAGUCCACCGGUGGCAAAGCGCCCCGCAAGCAGCUGGCUACCAAGGCUGCCCGCAAGAGCGCCCCGGCCACUGGCGGCGUGAAGAAGCCUCACCGCUACCGGCCUGGCACCGUGGCUCUCCGGGAGAUCCGGCGCUACCAGAAAUCCACGGAGCUGCUGAUCCGCAAGCUGCCGUUCCAGCGCCUGGUGCGCGAAAUCGCUCAGGACUUCAAGACGGACCUGCGCUUCCAGAGCUCGGCCGUCAUGGCUCUGCAGGAGGCUAGCGAGGCAUACUUGGUGGGGCUGUUCGAAGACACGAACCUGUGCGCCAUCCACGCCAAGAGAGUGACCAUCAUGCCCAAGGACAUUCAGCUGGCCCGCCGCAUCCGCGGUGAGAGGGCGUAAGGCGCUGCUUUCCCCUCGUGGAAGGUCCACACCCCAAAGGCUCUUUUCAGAGCCACCCACGUUCUCACGAGAGUAGCUGUGACCGCCCCGGUUUCCUUUUGCUUGGCAUGGGACUUUCCCGUGUUCCUGGCUUCGAUGUCCAUAAAGUACAUGUUUUCUGCUUUCUCUCUGGCCCGGCCCAGAAGGAGCAACAGCAAAAUCAGUAGGGCGGGGCACCCCAACCCCAUUCCCCUUCCCUUCCCCCCUGCUAGAAAGAAAAAUCCGAGCUACAAUACAAGUAUGGGGGGUAACGGGACUUGAAAGAGCAACGAACUUCCUCCCCCCCUCCCCCCAUCAUUUAGGCAUUCAUUCAUAUGAGAGGAGCAAGCAAAUAAAUCAGUACGU